AUGGCUGGCAAGUCGACGGAACCUGAAUCGCCGAAGAAGAAUGAAAAGUUUGAAAAAUUUUAUACGGAAGUAAAAGAAAUCGAAAAACGUGACUCUGUGUUGACGUCUAAACAACAGAUUGAAAGGCUUCUGCGCCCUGGAGCCUCAUAUUUCAACCUUAAUCCAUAUGAAGUACUUCAGCUAGACCAUGAUACACCUUUGGAUGAGGCAAAGAAGAAAUAUAAAAGAUUGUCUAUUUUGGUGCAUCCAGACAAGAACCAAGAUGAUUUAGAAAGAGCUAACAAUGCUUUUGAGACUGUUAACCGCGCAUGGAGGACAAUCGAUAAUGAUGAAUCACGGAAAAAAUGUCAGGAGAUCAUACAGGAAGCCAAGGAUAUGACUGAAUUCAUGGUUGUAGAGAAACGUAAAAAAUUGAAAAAAGAAGGCAAAGAUACAAAAGUUGAAGAAGACGACCCAUCUAUUAUGAAGCGUAGUAUUUAUGUUCAAACAUGUAAAUUAUUUGCUGAUCUAGAACGCAAAAGAAAAGAUCAUGAAGCUAGAGAAUUACAAGAAAGAAAACGAAAACGGGAACAAGAAAUAGAUGAAGAACAAAAAGCAACUGUAUCAAAAGAAUGGCAAAAAAAUUUUGAUGAGUCAAGAGAAAGCCGAGUAAACAGUUGGAAAGCAUUUCAGGAAUCAACCAAAAAAUCAAGCAAAAAAAUCAAAAUUUUUAAGCCACCUAAACAUAAAGCAGAAUCAAGAUAA